CUUCAGAUUACGAAUAUGAUCAUGAUGAGUAAAACAACAGCCCCUCAAAUUCUCAUGAUUUCAAUGCUCUUUAUUAACUUGAUGUCAAGUUUCCUGGGAUCAAGUUUUGCAGUUGGAGAGCCAAAAUGCAAAGAAGCAGAGAGACAAGCACUGCUACAGCUAAAAGAAGAUAUGUACGGAGGAGAUGGCUGGGAUGAUGGUCUUCCGUCCUGGGCAAAGGAAGAAGAAAAAAAGGAGUGUUGUGAAUGGGUUGGUAUUCGUUGCGACAGCAAUUCGGGUCAUGUCACCACCCUUGAUCUGUCUCCUUCAACUUUUGAGGAUUCUCAUUCUACUUUUUCUUCAGUAGGUAAUAUCACUUCUUUAUUAGCUCACUUGCCAUAUCUGAAUUAUUUGGACUUAAGUGGUGCAGGCUUUCAUGAUAAGUCCUCUAUGCCAAAUGUCAUUGAUGCUCUUAGCAAAUUGACCAAACUAAGGUACCUUAAUCUUUCUUAUACUACACUAAGUGGAGAAAUUCCUCCUAAAAUUGGAAACCUUUCUAGCUUGCAAUUUCUUGAUCUUAGUGGUAAUGAUGGUUUGAGAUUAAAAGACUUGCAGAAUUGGCUUUCCCAUCUUUCUUCUUUACAACUACUUGACCUUAGUCACACAAACAUGAGCUUAGCUCAUGAUUGGAUUCAUGUAGUUAAUAACCUUCCUCACUUGGCAUAUUUGAACUUAAGUGGUUCUUCUCUUCAAAAUCAUCAUGUGGUUUCUCCCUCAUUUCUUUCCCAUAUCAAUUCUUCAAAAAUUCUUUCCGUUUUAGAUCUUUCUAGAAAUUCCCUUUCUCCCCUGAUAUUCCAAUGGCUGUUUAACCAUAGUCAUACCCUUAUUCAACUUGACCUUCAUGAUUGUCAGUUGAAAACUUCAUUCCCAAAAUCUUUUGAGAAAAUGGCUACUCUUUCAUAUCUUGAUCUCAGUCAAAAUCAAUUGGAAGGUUCUAUUCCUACCUCUUUUGGGAGUGAAAAUAAUGCUCUUACAUAUCUUGAUCUCAGUCAAAAUCGAUUAGAAGGUUGUAUUCCAAUUUCUUUAGGAAACAAUAUGACUUCUCUCGAAUACCUUAAUUUGAGUAAUAACACUCUUGAAGGUGAAAUUCCGAAAUCCAUUUGGAAAAUAUGUACACUAAAAGUGUUGCGAGCAAAUGAUAAUGCUCUCAGUGGACAACUCCAGCUUGCUAAAUCAUCACGCCAAUGUGUUCAUUUUUCUUUGGAGUAUUUGGAUUUGAGGAGGAAUCAAAUCAUGGGAUCAUUGCCUAAUAUCACAAUGUAUUCUUCUCUGGUAGAGCUAUUGCUUCGCUCAAAUCAGUUAAAUGGAAAUGUAUCCGAAACUCUAGGUCAAUUAUCACAAUUGAAGAUUUUGGAUGUUUCUAGAAACUUUUUUAAGGGUGCAAUGUCUGUAACUCAUUUUUCAAAGCUCUUCAACCUACAUCGUUUGGAUUUAUCAUCAAACUCCCAAUUAGCUUUGAAUAACAUCCCUUCUGAUUGGGUUCCUCCCUUUCAAUUGAAAUUUUUUAUCUCAGGUCUUGCAUUUUGGGUCCCCACUUCCCAAAUUGGCUUCGUACACAAAAGUAUUAUGUCCAAAUUGAUAUCUCUAAUUCCAAAAUUUCAGAUUUUGUUCCCAAUUGGUUUUGGAAUUUAUCACCUCAUUUACAUCACAUGAAUCUUUCUAACAAUCAAAUGGUUGGGACAAUUAAAAGUUAUCCACUAGAAGGGAUUUAUGACUUUUUUGCAAUUGAUUUGAGCUCCAAUCAAUUUGAAGGUCUGGUACCACUAUUUUUCUACAAAUUCGAAUCAGCCUAUCUUUCCAAUAAUAAAUUUUCUAGUCUCAAUUCCUCAUGUGAUGUUAAAGAUGACACACUGUUGAGUUUUCUAGAUAUUUCAUACAAUCGGUUGGCAGGAGAGUUUCCUGAUUGUUGGUCACACUUUCCUAGAUUGGAAAUUCUUAUUCUAAACAAUAACAAAUUAUCAGGAAAAUUACCUACUUCAAUUGGCUCUUUGCCUUGGAUUAAAAUCUUACAUUUUGGUAGCAAUAGUUUGAUUGGGAAUUUACCUUCAUCCUUGAAAAAGUGUAAAGAAUUGACUAUUCUUUACUUGGGAGAAAAUAGAUUACAAGGGUCGAUACCCUCAUGGAUGGGAGUUCUAUCAAAUCUUGUCAUUCUUAGUCUGCGAUCCAAUCAAUUCAAUGGCAGCAUCCCUUCAAGUCUAUGUGAGAUGGCAAGUAUUCAAAUAUUGGACAUGUCAUUAAAUUAUAUCUAUGGAGAUAUACCCAAUUGCGUUGGCAAUUUUACAGCAAUGAAGCAAAGGGUAAGGAUCAAAAGGUAUGUUACUGAAUAUUUUUUGGAUUAUGCUCCCCCUACUGAUACAUCUAUUACUCUUCCCUAUAAUGGAAGCAUCCAUGGCUAUGGUGCUCAAGUGGAGUUAAUAUGGAAAGGAAGGUUGUCUCAAUAUCAAAAUACAUUGGGACUGGUAAAGAGCAUUGAUCUUUCCAGCAAUAAGUUGACAGGGGAAAUUCCAAAAGAAAUUACUCAACUUAUUGAAUUGGUGUCAUUGAAUUUAUCAAGAAAUGAUUUAAGUGGAGAAAUUCCUAGACAAAUCGGUCAUUUGAAAUCUCUAGAUGCACUUGAUUUAUCAAGGAACAAUUUUUUUGGUGAAAUUCCUUUGAGCCUCUCUCAAGUAGAUCGAUUGAAUGUCUUAGACUUGUCAAGAAAUAAUUUGUCUGGCAAAAUUCCAACAGCCACUCAACUCCAGAGCUUUAGUUCUAGUUCGUACAUGGGAAAUCCUCAACUUUGUGGCCUUCCGUUAUUCAAGUGUCCGGAUAAUAUAAACUCAACUACUUUCAAUGAAAUUGAGGAUGAAUACUCUUUCAUAAACCGAGGAUUUUAUGCAAGUAUGGGGCUUGGAUUUGUAGUUGGAUUUUGGGGACUAUGUGGAACUUUAGUGUUCAUCAAAUCUUGGAGAUAUGCAUAUUUCAAGUUAUUGAAUUGCAUGGGAGAUUGGAUUUAUGUGAUGGUGGGAUUACAAAAGGAAAAAAUUUUGAGGAUGAUCAAAUCUUAGUUAAUCAGAAAGCAUAACACACCUCCGAAGAGAAGAAUUUGGCUGAUUUAUAUAUGGUGUAUUGGAUAACUACUAAUGGUGUAGAUAGCUAGAGAGUAAAGAUGGAUUGUGGCAAUACAUGAUAAUAGUCAUGAUUUUAAAAUAAAGAUGUGAUAACUAAUGUUAUUUACUUAUUUUAUUAGAUUUAUUUAUAUUUGAAUAUUAGUUAUUUAGUUUCUUAUUAUUAGUUGAUGGGAAUAUACUAAUAUGGUACUAUGAGUUUUAACUAAA